AAGGCUGAUUUAUACUUCUGCGUUAGAUCUCUCCACGGUGCCUCUGUGGUACGGGCACAACAGCUCAGGGGCGAGCUUUGAGUGAACGCGCGCUUCCUUCGCCCUUCGGGCCAUUUCGGACGGGGGCGGGACUAGGGGAAACGGGGGAAACAUAUCUCGACCAUAGAUCUCGACGAGGAAACAGAACUCGAUACAACACCGUCAUACUAUAAAAUAGGAAUAGACUGAGACUUCAGUUUCACUUCUGAAGGAACAGGCGCCUCUCAACGUUCAGCCAUAGAGUUCAACAGAGAAAGGAGGAGAAAACAUGAGCAUUGGAAAAAUUCUCGCCAUUGGAACAGGAGCAGUGGGUGCUGUGGUCCUGGCUCCAGUAGCUCUCGGGGUAGUAGGUUUCACUUCAGCUGGCAUCGCUGCAGGCUCCAUCGCUGCUCAAAUGAUGUCAGCUGCUGCGAUUGCUAACGGAGGGGGAGUGGCAGCAGGAAGCAUGGUGGCUGUUUUGCAGUCAGCAGGAGUAGUCGGCUUGUCAGGAUCUGCCACAGCAGUCGUGGCCAGCGUUGGAGGAGCUGUGGGCUGGUUCACUAACUUCAUAGCAGGCAAUGUCACUAAUAAAGAUGAUAAAAAAGAUGAUGAGAAAGUUGAUGAGAAAGAUGAUGAUGAUGGUGAUGAUGAUGGUGAUGAUAAUAAGGAUGUGGGAAACUGUGUGGCCCUCGAACCUUCAAGUUUGCCAAUGUGAGUGUAUUUGGAGAAAGAAGCUCAGCUUUUAAUUUCCUUCUGAUACAAUUUAUGUAUAUAAUUAUAAUUAUAUACAUAAAUUGUACUAGGACUGUUUUAACCAGACCAUGAAAAGGUUAACGCGUGAUCCUCAUAGUGUUAUAGAGGAUAAGUUAGGCCUACAUUUUCUACAGGCUUUAUCUUUGAUGUGAUGACCAUAAUAAUCUAAAUAAAAAUCCAGUAGUUGUUGACAUUU